AUGAACACAUACCCAGCUGAAUAUCUGCUUCAUCCAGUACCUGUACUGGCUGUUUAUGGCCUAUCGGCUGAUCAGACCUCUACAGAGAAUGAAAAAAUACCAACCCAAAAAGACUCUGAAGAGUCAGUCGCCGUUAUUUCAAGCUCUCCCCAAACUCGACCAUCAUCAGGCCGACAAACCCCGGGAAAUAAUGCAUUGAACUUACGAUCCAGCCUAGCUAGCACGCUCCAUUCCCUUCUCCACAACAAACACGACUUCACACUCUACGAAGCUACUCGAUAUCUUCAUCAGAAUUCUGCGAAUGGAGCCCAAGGAAUUCCUCCAUUUAGAGUUCUUUCGAUCAGCAAGGAUUAUACUUUGCCUACACCGUCGUCUUCUGUACACUCUCCACUGUCACCCCUUACACCCCAGUCACCACUUUACCCAGAUGGAAUUAUGAGUCCUUUGUGGAUAACGAAGUACCUCGAAACACCGAGUGUAAUAGUUGGAUUUUACGAGUUGUGGGACUGGUCAAGUGAGCCUGGCCAGGGGUCCAAGCCCGUUAGAGAAACAGGGCCACUUGGGGCACAUGUAAUGAUGGAUCCUACAGAGCGCGAAAAUGAUGUUGCACUUGCCCAGGAAAUCAAUGAUAAGAGAAAGUACUUUCAAGAUAAGGGUAUCAAGUUUUCCGCUGUAAUCCUUCUCAAAAACCGCCAUACUGAAGAUCCGAGUGUGGAAGAACGUUUGAAUUUAAUCAGGAAGCAAUCUGGUUUGGAUGCAAAAAAUUCUUUCUUCACUGUUGCACCUGGUAGUCAUCAUGAUUUACAGGAGUUUGUAAACACCCUUUAUCGAUGUCUUUAUGAAUCUGCUCUUCAGUACUACAGCAAUGUCAUUAAGAAGUUACGCAAGAAGAAAUCUAAACUGCCCUCACCUGCUUCUUCUGCUCGUCCUUCUAUGGCAGACUUAACAUCUAAUGAGCCUCAACCAUUGUCUUCUCAAGGAUGGCAAUUACGCUAUGAUUUGAAGAUUGCUUUUUUCCAAGAGCUUAAACAAGACAUUGAAGCAGCUUUAAAGACAUGUGUUGUAGCUUAUGGAUUGUUGGGGGAUGUUCUUGCUCCAACCUCAUCCGUCACACAAGGCUUGGUAAGUCUUCCUGCACGCGGGAAGCGUUGGACUGAAGCCCGUGCAUUGGCAGAUUGUAUCAAUAUUAAGAUAUGUAGAUUCCACUUAUUUUUAAACGAUCACACUGCUGCUUUUUCACAAUUGAAUGGUCAUCUCCAUUUGUUCCAAACGUAUUCCAGUGCAUGGGGUAUGGGGGAACAGUCGUUCGAAUACUGGGAAUGGCUCUCUAAGCAGUAUCGAAUCUUUGCGGAUGUAAUUGAUUCUGCUAUUCAAGCAGGAUUUAAGAUUCCUCUUCCAACUGCUUACUUGACAAACAAUGGAACCGCUAAUGUACCCGGAAGUCCACUUUUAGGUGGAUCAAAUAAUAAUCUGAGCUCUAAUUCCCAGGUUGUUGGCUGUAAUCCGGGUGCGAUUAUUCAGCACCCAGGCUUUUAUUACCACUUGGCAGCAAUGUGUUGUGCGGAACGACGAAGACGAUUUUUGGAUAUCGAACGGUCCGAGGCAGCAAAAGCAGCAGCAGCAAAUAAGGAAUCUGUGGCACCCAGCCAACUGGAGGUUCUAUUGAGUAAAGAACGCCAGGUGGAUCAUUCGAGUCUGACAAUUGAGUUACUCACCAAGAGUUACGAGCAAUUUAAAAAAUAUCGCAAUGGUCGUAUGACGCUUUAUCUCGCUGCCGAAAUUGCCGGAACUUAUUAUGAGACAGGAAAAUUUGAGAUGGCACUCAAGUUCUUUGAACGGAUUGGAAAAACAUAUCGCAAAGAGAACUGGCAUAUGGUUCUUACUUCUAUUCUGAGAUGGUCACUGCGCUGUGCAAAGGAACUCGGUUCUUGGGAACGCGCAGUCGAGUGUCUGAUAGAACUAAUGGCAGAAGAACUUCCGAUGGCUAAACAGAAGCGCGCUGAUAUCCAAAGAGAGCUUUUUGAUGUCUUAUAUCACAAUGAAGCAUCGAAUACUAUCAAACACGCACCACUUACCAUUGCCAUGGACCAAAUCAAUUCAUUCUUAAAAUGCUCUGUUCAGUUCCUUAAUCAAACGAGUUUUGUAGAUACCCCCGAGCUUUACCAAAUCAGUCUUUCGACAGAUAAAAAUUCACCAGUCCUACCUUUCAGAUUCAAUGCUAUGCGUGUCUUGUUCAGUGAACCACAAUACAACUGUUAUCUCGAGGAUGCAGGCUUAGAUGAGGAAAUGAAGAAAUUAGAUCUUAUUGAUUUUAGCAAAGACAUGACCAAGGCAACAACUGGGGAUUAUGUGGAUUGGUUUACCAAGAAAGUUGAUCUAAGAGUGACUGAACACCAAACUCGCGUAUUCCAAGGGCAAAUUAUAUCCAAAGACUGUGAUGGUAUAAAGAUUGUUGGUGUCUGUCUCGAUCUAAUCUCACCUCAAUGGAAUGUUGCCUUGAGCUAUUCCUUUGAUAAAUUAUCGGAUGAUCAGACAGUGACUCGAAGAAAAUGGCUUGAACCUUCAGGAGAUCCCAGUGGUCGUCCAAAAUUCAGAUUCAUCAGUGGUCGUGGUGAGCUUAGUGCUAUAAAGAUUACACAAAGGCCGCCUCGGAUUCAAUUGUCCAUCCAUCAAUUUUCGCCUGCAUUAUUGGACGAAGAUUUUGAGAUGUGUGUGACAGUGACUAGUGAAGAAACAGAGCGCAUUGAUGUGACACUGUGCAUGGAGAUUAAAAAUGCGGAGGGACAAGCCGGGGAUUAUGCUUGGUUUAAAGAAGCAGGCGAUAAAUCUUUAGAAUCUGCUCGUACAUUUGUGAUUGGGGUUAUUGAGCCUGGACAGUCAGUGUCGACUGUUGUUUAUAUUCACGGAACCGGUAGUGUAGGCCCACGGUUGGUAAACUUGAAGGCAGAAUAUGUGUUAUCAAGUGCCAGUGGCAAGGCACAUGUUCCAAAGGUCGAAAAAAGUGAAUCAGUUACAAUUCCAUUUGUCAGUCCAUUUGAGACUACAUUCGAGUUGUGUGCCCAAGGAGAGGACCAAGGAAAGACGGUGCCAUUUGACCUGAAGAGAACAGAAAAAUGGCUCAUGGUUGCUGCAAUUCAGUGCUGCUCUACAUGGAAUUUAGAUAUCGAGAGCGUUAGACUAGAACAAGAGGCGUUUGAACAUCCUUACACUUUUCUCAAGCUUUUAUCUAAAAUGGACAAUUUCAAAAACCAAGUGUGGAAAACUAGCCAUGUAUACAAUGCAAACUAUCUUUUUAGAUUGUCAACCAUGGAUCUGACAGAAGCUAUGCCUUCUGUGCCUGUCGGGAAUAUCGUGGUACAAUGGAAGAGGCAUGGUCAAGAGGGCGCUUAUUCCAAGACAGUGCUCAAAGCUCCAGCUCUUGAAUUCCAGCAACUUAGCCUUGUGGUGAUUGCUGAUAUUCCUUCCGAGCUUUAUAUGGGAGAGCCGUUCACGCUAACCUACACGAUUCACAACCCCACAAUUAACCUUGCUGAGUACACGGCAUCGAUAGAGUUGAGCGAUGCGUUUGUGUUCUCGGGCUAUAAGCAGUUAAAAGGUCGUGUUUUGCCACUGUCGCGGGCCUCGUAUCAAUACACGUGUUAUCCUCUCGUAGCAGGAAAGGUCAGACUCCCUCGUCUAAAGGUGAUAGCAAAGCAGCAAGGCACAGAAAAAGAGGUUCCGGUCGAGUUGCUUGCUGUUGGCGUAGUGGUUACAUUAGACAAUGCUCUAGAUCAGCAAGUACGACAAACUACAGUCGAACAACAGCCCACUCUUGUCUUUGUGGGUGCAAAGAGACAUUAUUGAGCGCUAAUUUGGUGUAACGAUGACAUUAAACCAGAUGUCCCAUAUAAGC